UUGCCAUACAUGCACAAGAGAAGGGAUCAAGGCGCCCCCCGCGCCCGGGAUCCAUUUCCAUCCCAGCCACGGCCUGAUCGCCGCGCACCCACCUGCCAUCCCCACUCUCCCAUUUGCCCACCAACACAUAGACUGAAACCAAACCAACCAAGGCGGCAAACAAACGAACGCGCGCGAAAUGCUGAGCUAUAUUAAACCGCGACACCACCGGUGAUCGCUCGCUGCGCGCACUCCCAGCCAGCCACUCGUCGACGCGCUGACAGACAUUGUUCGCUCCGGGACGAAAGGAGGAGCUAGGAGCCGAUCGGUGCCAUCGGUCGAGCACUGCAAGGACGUACACCAUCGUGGUCAUGCCCUCCGGCGCCGGCGGCAAGGUCAUGCCCAAGUCCAAGGCCUCCUUCUUCCUCUACGGCCUCCUCCUCUACGUGCUCCUCCCCGUCCUCGCCGUCUACGUCGUCGCCCUCGCCCUCUCCCCGCUCUUCUCCGGCUCCUGCCCGCCGGCCGAGGACGCCAGCAAUGCCGUCGCUCGUCUCGCGGCGGACGCGGCUGCCGGCCGCAACGCUUCUUCGUUUUCGUCGUCGAAUAAUAUGAUGCAGCGUUCGCCGGCGCCGUUGGCGCGGCGCGUGCGGAAGCCGAGCCCGUCCGCGGACGCCGCGCCGACGGGGCUGCGGCACAUCCUGUUCGGCAUCGGCGCGUCGUCGUCCAUGUGGAAGAGCCGGCGGGAGUACAUCCGGGUGUGGUGGCGGCCGGGGAAGAUGCGCGGCUUCGUGUGGCUGGACAAGCCGGUGCCGGAGUACUACUCCCGGAACUCCUCCACGGGCCUCCCCGCCCUCAAGAUAAGCGCGGACACGUCCGAGUUCCCCUACACGCACGGCGCCGGCAGCCGCUCCGCGCUGCGCAUCUCCCGCAUCGUCUCCGAGAGCUACCGGCUGGGGCUCCCCGGCGUGCGGUGGUUCGUCAUGGGCGACGACGACACCGUCUUCUUCCCGGACAACCUGGUGGACGUGCUGUCCCGCUACGACCACACGCAGCCAUACUACAUCGGGAACCCCUCCGAGAGCCACAUCCAGAACCUCAUCUUCUCCUACGGCAUGGCCUUCGGCGGCGGCGGCUUCGCCAUCAGCCGCGCGCUCGCCGCGCAGCUGGCGCGCAUGCAGGACGGCUGCAUGCACCGCUACCCGGCGCUCUACGGCAGCGAUGACCGCAUCCACGCCUGCAUGUCGGAGCUGGGCGUGCCGCUCACCCGCCACCUGGGCUUCCACCAGUGCGACAUCUGGGGGGACGUGCUCGGCCUGCUGGGCUCCCACCCGGUGGUGCCGCUCGUGACGCUGCACCACUUCGACUUCCUGCAGCCCGUGUUCCCCGCGGCGCGGUCCCGCACGGCGGCGCUGCGGCGGCUCUUCGACGGGCCCGCGCGGCUGGACCCGGCCGCCGUGGCGCAGCAGUCCGUGUGCUACGACCGGGAGAAGCAGUGGACGGUGUCGGUGUCGUGGGGGUUCGCGGUGGUGGUGGUGCGCGGGGUGGUGUCGCCGCGGGAGAUGGAGACGCCGAUGCGCACCUUCCUCAACUGGUACAAGCGCGCCGACUACACGGCCUACUCCUUCAACACGCGGCCCGUGGCGCGCAACCACUGCCAGCGCCCGCAGGUGUACUACAUGCGGCGGGUCCGGCGCCGCACCAACGCCACGCUCGAGACGACCGUGACCGAGUACGAGCGGCACACCCCCGCGCCCAACGUCACAUGCCGGUGGCGCAUCCCCGACCCCGCCGGCCUGCUCGACCGCGUCGUCAUCGUCAAGAAGCCCGACCCCGACCUCUGGAAACGGUCUCCGAGGAGGAACUGCUGCAGGGUGGUGUCGUCGCCCAAGAACGGGACGAAGCUGGAUCGGACCAUGGCCGUCGACGUGGGUGUCUGCCGGGACGGCGAGUUUGCUCGAAUUUAGCCACCCAGCUAGGGGAGCUAGGACGACAGGACACAGCAAAAUGCAAGCGAGCUGCCAAGAUUAUCAACUAGAUUUGGUAUGGUAGACCGGGCGCGCAGGCCCGAUCGAGCAUCCAUGCAGCUCGAUCGCAGCGGCGGGUCGCGCGGUCGUAACGGCGCGCCACCUUGGGCAAAAAUGAAACGUAGAUGCAGCUUCAGGUCAGGUGUACGAAUGUUGUAACGUGCGAGGCGCCGAUCUUUGGGGUUGCAUGAUGAAAUGUUUCCUUCAUCACGGGCAGGCCGCAGGCCCGAUAAUAUCGUGGCUUAGAAGGCACAAACCACGCCCAUCCCAAGCUGAGCCAGCCCAACCUUAGAUUCAAGGACAACAGUUUUUUCAACAGCAAAUGCACUUUAUUCCUCAGAUAAUCGACAUAUCGUUUACGAGUAAUGAGAAAUAAAGUUCCAAGGACAAUAACGUUAGUUCAAAGGCUGCAUCUGUUUUGCAUACCAAGGAUAUCGAAGAUAGAUUUUUACACGACAAGAGCUUUCACUCA